AUGAUGUUUGUUGUGAAGAGAUUAGCUGGCCAAGCAAUAAUGGCGUUUGUGGAUGUCGCUCAGUGUCCCGAUCCGUACGUUCCACUUGAUGAAUCUCGGUGCAUUUUGCUGGAUGCCUUUGUCACUCGAACUUACCGGGAAGCCAUCGACUACUGCAAGACUCAUGGAGGAGACUUGCUCAUGAUGGACGACUGUGAAACAGUGGGAUUGGUAUAUGAUUUCAUUUACAGCGGAGCGGGGAUGGCUGAUAAACAUUACUGGCUUGGUGCCAGCGACGAGGAGGAGGAAGGAACGUGGAAGUUUGUCGACAACAGGCCAGUACCAAUGGGUACUCCAUUUUGGGGUCCAAACCAGCCUGACAACGGAGAGACGCAUAACUGCGCCAUUCUGCACGUCAUUUAUAAUCAAAGGUGGUUCGACAUACCCUGCAGCAACUCCUAUAACGUUAUUUGUCUCAGAAAACUUUAG